AUGGGAAUUGUGUAUAGUAUCAUCAGAUCUUUGGGCAGUAAAGAAGAAGAUGUAGAAAGGUCGGGAGAACCAUAUUCAUGUUCUUUCCGUGCAUCAGUAUGCAAGAUUUUCAAGAAUCUAUGGAGGAAGAUCCUCUGUAUUAUUCUAUUUGCAAAACGAAGAAAACCAGACCCUAUACUUCCUGUUGAAAAUCAUGCAGUUUUACUCAGACAUAGUUCAGAUUUAUCUUCGGACUCGAGCCCAAGUGCCACAUAUGUCCCCCCUUCAGAUUCGGAGUGGCAAAGGAAUUACUCAGACAGAGAAAUUGAAUCACGUGUUAACGUUGAUACAUAUUCUACUCCUUCAGAUUUGGAGUGGCAGAGGAAUUACUCAGAUAUAGAAAUUGAAUCACAUGUUAACGUUGAUACAUAUUCUCCUCCUUCAGAUUUGGUGUUGCAGAGGGACAACUCAAUUUCAGAAAAUGAAGUGUAUGCUAAUGCUGCAUGGCUGCAAAAACCGCCGGUUUCUUCUCUAAUCCGGCCAGAGUCUGUUGAGGACGAAGAUUCAAACUAUAUUAAACAGCUGGAUGUGAUAAUUGAUGUGCCUACCUUGCAAUGCUCUCUUGCGCACACAAACGCAUUUGACGUGGUGGAUUCUGCUGUUUUUAUUGAAUAUGAGCAAAAUCAGCUAGGCCCGGAUGACUCUGAAGAGAAAGUUGAGGAAGAAAAGGUGAUAAAGUGUUUGGUGGCAGACGGUAAAUGGAUAAAGCAUUAUAAUAGUAACCACAGGAUACUGCUUGUUGGUGAAGGAGACUUCUCUUUCUCUGCUAGUUUGGCUAUGGCUUUUGGUUCUGCUCCCAACAUCAUUGCAACUUCUCUCGAUUCUGAAGAUUUUCUGAAGAAAAAUUAUACGCAUGCAAUGUCCAACAUCCAGAAGCUAAGGAACAGGGAGAGCAAGGUCAUGCAUGGGAUUGAUGCUACUAAAAUUUCAAUUCAUCACUUACUCGGAGAAAUGAAAUUUGAUCGUAUAAUUUUCAACUUUCCAUAUGCUGGUUUUUUUAAGAAUUUAUCCCGCGAGGCUGGAUUAAGUAUGCACAAAACACUUGUGAGUCUUUUUCUCAGGAAUGCUAAAGAGUUGAUCAGUGAAAAUGGUGAAAUUCAUAUAACCCACAAGACCAAUGGUUUCCACGCUGAAUGGAAGUUAGAUUCCUUGGCUUCUUCUCAUGGACUUGGAUUAAUUGAGGCUGUGAAAUUUAGUCACUUGGAUUAUCCAGGUUAUCGCACCAAGUAUGGAUUUGGGAGUAACGAAAACAUAGGAGUCUUGUAA